AUCCAGCGUUGUUGCCUCGACGACGAACUAACUGAUGAUCGUUGCCGAACUUGUCCUUUACUUUUCCUGCACUGCUGCUCCCCGCGUGCUCGUGAAGUCACGGUAGGGAUCCCUUGCCGCGAUACCUUCCGGCAGCGAGCUCUCUUUCGGCUUCGUUCUUCCCCUUAAUCCCUUUCUCAUCAGAUUGUUCUUGAAGCAAGGAAGGAGGGAAAGCGCAGCGUGCUUUCCUGGGCAGCUGCUUUAUCCGGGCGGGAGUGGGGUAGUAUAUAUACUGCGCGCGCACCUUGUUCUUGGCCUCGUCGUCGGGGCUCAGCUCGCUCUGAAGAAGCCAGGAAGUAGAGAGCGAGGGCUAGGCCAAGGCGGCGGAAGAUCGAGGAGCUCGCUCGAAGAAGAAGAAGCCGCCGGACGCCAUGGAACAGCCACAGACGACGCAGCUGCUGCUGCACGGGGUGAUCGACGCAAGGAUCGUGGCGGCCGACCUGUCCGUCACGUCAGACGGCCAGCUGCAGCCGACCAAGAAGAUUCAGAUGAAGCGGAAGGUCUUCUCAUGGAUCAUGAAGCUGCCCUUCUGCAAAUGCAAGCAGCCGCUGGAGAACGCCAUCGGCCUCGGCAUGGACGGCAAGCUGUACGCGACGGUGGACAUCGACAAGGCGCGCGUCGGGCGGACGCGCAUGCUGGACCCCGUCCACUCCCCGCGAUGGAACGAGUCCUUCCUCAUCUACUGCGCGCACGACGCCAGCAACAUCAUCUUCACCGUCAAGGCCGACAACGCCGUCGGCGCCACGCUCAUCGGCCGCGCCUACCUGCCCACCAAGGACGUCGUCGCCGGCCGGAAGGUGGAGCGGUGGCUCGACAUCUGCGACGAGAAGCGCCAGCCCCUGGGGGGCGGAGACAAGAUACACGUCCAGCUCCAGUUCACGGACGUCGCCGCGGACCCGGAAGGCGGCUGGGGCACCGGCGUCGGCACCGCCGCGUACAGGGGCGUCCCGCGCACCUUCUUCGAGCAGCGCCGCGGCUGCCGGGUGCGGCUGUACGAGGACGCGCACAUCGCCGACGGCUUCGUGCCGCGUGUCCAGCUCGCCGGCGGCAGGAUGUACGAGCCGCGCCGGUGCUGGGUGGACGUGUUCGAGGCGAUCAACGCCGCCCGGCGGAUGGUGUACAUCGCCGGGUGGUCCGUGAACACCGACGUCCAGCUGGUGCGCGACCCGCGGCAGCCAUCGUCGGAGACGCUCGGCCAGCUGCUCAUCCGGAAGGCCGACGAGGGCGUCACGGUGCUGAUGCUGGUGUGGGACGACCGGACGUCGAUGGGGCUCGGCCCGAUCAAGCGCGACGGGCUGAUGGCCACGCACGACGAGGACACGGCGGGCUUCUUCCGCGGCACGAAGGUGCACUGCGUGCUCUGCCCGCGGAAUCCCGACAAGGACCGGAGCUACGUGCAGGACGUCGAGACGGCCACCAUGUUCACGCACCACCAGAAGACGGUGAUCGUCGACGGCGGCGGCAGCCAGGGGCCGAACACGCCGGGCCUCGUGAGCUUCCUCGGCGGCAUCGACCUGUGCGACGGGAGGUACGACACGCAGGAGCACCCGCUGUUCCGCACGCUGGGCACCACGCACAACAAGGACUUCCACCAGCCCAACUUCCCCGGCGCGUCCAUCAAAAAGGGCGGGCCCAGGGAGCCGUGGCACGACGUCCACUGCCGCGUCGAGGGCCCGGCGGCGUGGGACGUGCUCGAGAACUUCGAGCAGCGGUGGCGGAAGCAGGGGAGCGGCGACAACCUCCUGGUCACGCUGGACAAAGGGUGGGCGUCGCGCGAGGCGGCCGACGACGCCGAGUCCUGGAACGUGCAGGUGUUCAGGUCCAUCGACGGCGGCGCGGCGGCGGGGUUCCCGGAGAACCCCGACGAGGCCGCGGCGCGCGGCCUUGUAAGCGGGAAGGACCAUGUGAUCGAGCGCAGCAUCCAGGACGCGUACAUCCACGCCAUCCGCCGCGCGCGGGACUUCAUCUACAUCGAGAACCAGUACUUUCUGGGGAGCUCCUACGCGUGGCGGCAGAACGACGGCGUGACGGUGGAGGCCAUCAACGCGCUGCACCUCAUCCCAAAGGAGCUGUCGCUCAAGAUCGUGAGCAAGAUCGAGGCCGGCGAGCGGUUCGCCGUGUACGUGGUGGUGCCCUUGUGGCCGGAGGGCGUGCCGGAGAGCGGCUCCGUGCAGGCCAUUCUGGACUGGCAGCGCCGCACCAUGGAGAUGAUGUACAAGGACAUCACGCUGGCCAUCCGAGCCAAGGGACUCCAGGCCGACCCCAGGGACUACCUCACCUUCUUCUGCCUCGGCAACCGCGAGGCGCCGAGCCCCGGCGAGUACGCGCCGCCGGAGCGCCCGGACCCCGACACCGACUACGAGAGGGCGCAGCAGGCCAGGCGCUUCAUGAUCUACGUCCACGCCAAGACGAUGAUAGUCGACGACGAGUACGUCAUCGUGGGGUCGGCCAACAUCAACCAGCGCUCCAUGGACGGCGGCCGCGACACGGAGAUCGCGAUGGGCGCGUACCAACCGAGCUACCUGGCGACCAGGAACCGCCCGGCGAGGGGGCAGGUCCACGGCUUCCGGGUCGCGCUGUGGCAGGAGCACCUGGGGCAGGCCGCGGCGGCGGGGGCGGGAGACCUCCUCCUCCGACCGUCGAGCCUGGCUUGCGUGCGCAGGAUGAACCAGGUGGCGCAGCAGUACUGGGACAUGUUCGCGAGCGACACGUUCCAGGGCGACCUCCCUGGGCACCUCAUGGCGUACCCGGUCGUUGUGGGCGACGAGGGCAAGAUCACCGGGAUGACACAGCAAUUCCCGGACACCAAGGCGAAGGUGCUCGGCGGCAAGUCCAACGUCCUCCCGCCCAUCCUCACCACAUGAUUUAGUGGUGGUUGAUCCACCGUGAACUGCAACUGAAGUGAAAAUGUUGUUGAUUAUUGAUGUAUGUAUACGCAAGUGACAAGAUCACAAGAGUGUGUCUGGUAUUGCAACUGUUGGCAUUAUGAUGUGGAUUGUAAUUUUUAUGUGAAUAAAAGAAAGCAGAAGUGUGAUUCAUCUGCUUCCUA